AUAGAGCUUUAAUUCAAAGAUUUGCUGAUUGCAGUUUGAAUCAACAACAGGCUUCAUUAGCUUUUUCAAAAAAACUUACUAUGAGUUUAAUCCCAAAUCAUAGAAAAAUAGCUCAACAACAAAGAAGAGCUAGAGAGAGAGAAGCAAAUAAACAUGCAUUAGAAAUACCAAAUGUAUUUAAAACAAGCUCACAACCAAAAGAAAAUAAUAAUAUCUUACCUCCAAAUUGCAGGAAAAUUGCUCAGAAAAAAAGAAGAGCUCAAGAACAAGAAAUAUGUGAACUUACUACAGAUCCUAGGACAUUAAUACAAUCAAAAAAAAGACAUCUUACUUCAUCUUCUCAAACUCAUCCAAAAUUUGAUAAAUAUUCUAAAGAAUUUCGGCAAAGCAUUCGACAAUACAAUGCAGCCCAUGUUUUUACUUCUCUUGGAAUAAAUCCAUUCUUAAUGGUCAUGGACCAUACAGUUUUUGUGUUAAUGGAGAAUUAUGUCACUAUAUGG